UUUCCACUUUCCGCAUUGUUUCAAUUCCCACUCCAAUUAAUCUGUUGAUUUCCAUUUCAAUUCCCGAAAAGCAAGCAGUAAUUUCUGCAAAGUUUCUGAAAUAUAUCUCAUUCUUCUGUGAUCGAGUUGAUUCUGAGUCAAAGAUGAAGUAAAAAAGCGUAGCAAACAAGAAAGAUGAGUGUUUCAUUGACUGUAAUGACCUUUAAUCUCCUGGAAGAUCAGGCCGAGGACAGCCCUAAUUCAUGGGAUAAGAGGAAAGAUUUGUGCGUUACAGUCAUCACUAGCUAUUCUCCCAUCAUCCUCUGCACACAGCAAGGGGUGAAGUCACAAUUGGACUACCUGCAACAAUGCUUGCCUGGUUAUGCACAAUUUGGAAUUUCAAGAAAAGGACCUGAAGAUACUUCUGAUCACCACUGUACAAUCUUUUACGAAAAGGAAAAGGUCGAGGUUCUAGAAGGUGGAACCUUUUGGUUGUCCGAGUCACCUUCAGUUCCCGGGAGCAUGUCAUGGGGUUCUACGGAGCCGUGUAUAUCUACAUGGGCUACAUUCCAGCUUAAAGGUGUCGAGCCACCGGGCUUUUCGUUUCAGAUUGUGAAUACCAACAUGGAUGAAUUUAGUCCUCGCGCUCGCAGACGCGGUGCUUUACUCACCUGGCAGCACAUUGCUUCAUUGCCUCCGAACUUGCCUGUUUUGUACUGUGGAGGGUUCAACACACAAAAGGAAUCAACUACAGGCCGUUUUCUUCUUGGAAGAUCCAGGGAACAUGGUGUCGUUGGUGAUAUGAGGGACGCUUGGCCCAAUGCUCGUGUGAGGAAAAAUGUUUCCCUAAUUCGCACUUACCAUGGAUUCAAAGGUGAUAAACAGGGAGCUCUUGAAUUCUUGAAGCUGAUAUUUCGAGCUCUUUGUCUGUGCUGGGAUCGCCAGACUCAAGACCUGCACGUUGACUGGAUUCUCUUCAGAGGCAGGUCGUUGAUCCCCGUCUCGUGUGAGGUGGUGAGUGACAACGUCGAUGGCUACUACCCUUCGUCCCACUAUCCUAUAUUUGCUGAGUUUAUGCUUCCACGCUCAGUGAGGCUGACGGAGACACCUACUCAAGAUCAAAGCUAAGCUCUUAUUUUUGUGAAAUAAUUUGUGCAGAAGAUUUUGAUUGAAAUGGUGUGAAGUUCUUCUCAUGUUCUUGUUUUGCAUUGUUCUGAACAUUUUCUGUAUUGACAGCACCACAUAAUAAUUGAAAGAAGGAGUCGAAUUCUGUGAAAAUGGUUGUUAUUUGAAUCCUUGUAUUUGAGCAUGAAGAUUGAAUUGAAGGGUGUUAUUUUAA